UUCCCGGAAUCAAAGAAAUUUCAGUGUUUAAGAUGGGGGACUGCCAUUAUCGUAAUUCUUCUUUAUAUGAGCUACCUGGCAUAUCUUAUAUAUCGAAUUGUCAAUGAUAAGCCAUUGAUACAAAUAUCUUAUGAGUAUUUGGACAGACUCAGCAUUCCUGAAAUUGAACUCUGUAGUUAUUACAGUGAUGUCAAAAUAUCUAAAUGCGUUUUCAAUUGGAGUAAUAAAGAAAACUCUACUGACAGCUGUAGCCCGGAAAGCAAAAUAUUUGAAUCUGAAAAGAAAGAAUGCUAUACUCUUCGGGCCAAUAGUAGUUAUUUUUUCGGCAACCCAGAAAACCCCUCUGAAGAGUCAUUGUCAGUAGCAAGCAUUGACUUUUAUUUUGAGAUCCUUAACAUUUCCGCCGUUGUUGAAAAAGUUUUAUCCGUGGCAACUAUUGCAGGCAAAAUAUUGGAUAAAGUAAAAAAACGAUUUGAUCGACAAAUGAAUACGUUCGCGGGCAUCCAAAAUGUAUCGGCUCUGGUAUUAUUUAAGAAAACUACAUUGUUCACUUUACCUAACGAUAUCAACACAAUCCUCGGCCUAACUUCUAAUUAUCAUAGUACACCUUACUUUACUACUGUGUCGAAAUACUUUCAAAUGCAUCCAAAUGACAGCUUCCCCUUUACUGGACACUUUAAUAUUGCUCCAGGCAGUUUUCUCCACGAGUUGCAAUCAGAAAAACGUUCAUAUACGGUUCUUGGGGCUCUGGGAGUUGCUGGUGGUGCUGUUGGAUUGAUUGGUGGGAUUUAUACGUUGUUUUUUGGACAACCAAGGAUUGAUCCUUGGGGCCUAAUGCAUAAAGUGGCAAAAUCGGAAAUAGCACACGAAGCAGACUUCAAAAACUUUCCAUUCGUCUCAACAUUUAAAGAACAAAAACAACCAAUUCUUACUGAAGAAAGGGUGGAGCGAGUGGAAAAUGUUAUAAAAGAUAACAAGCUCAAUGCACUUCAUCCAGGACAUCGCUGUCAACGUGAUAAAAUUCCAAGUGAAAUUGAAAGUAAUCCAACUGAUGCUGUUUCCAAUUUAUAUCAAAAAAAUUUCCAAAGCUCAACAAGAAUUUUUGGGGUUAAAGCAUUAGGAUUUGAGUCAAAUGACAUUGUUCAAGUAUUAUCAUUAGACAUUGAAAUUAGAUCAUGUUCAAUUCAAAUUGAAAGUAUUCCAAAAAAUAAAGAAUUGGAAAUGGAUACUUGCAAAAAAUGUCCAAAAAAUGAUCAUGAAAGAUGA